AAUCUGACCUUCCCACGACCCUAACAGGCAAACAGAUGGCACCGCUUGGAAAGUACCAGUGCAGCCUGGCUAGAAGCCUGGCGGUGGGCUAGGACUAGCGGGCAUAACGGGGAUAAUAAGCCUAGCGGCCGCACCAGCACAACAUCGGGGUGUCCACUGCACCUGCAAACCGCGCGCGCGCCUCAGCUUGGUCCUCUGCACCCCCCCAGCCGUCCGCCCACCCAGGAGAGGCUGCCUGCGGGGCCGCAGUGGGGAGAGUGACUUCUUCUGACUUGAGCCUGCGGUGUGCUUUGAGAGAUCUUCCGCCAGAAUAUCUCCUUUUUUUGCUGGACUGGAAUCUCCAUGACGGCAGGAGGGGAGAUUGUCCUGUUCACCUUGAUCAUCUCAGCUUUGAUCCCUUGGAACCAUCCACUAGCGACAGUCAUAAAUCACAGGGCCAGAGAACUGCGGGUGAUAAAAUCUGUCGUGAUAACUGCAGAGGGCUCUGAGAUCCGAGGCGCUGCGUGACUGCGUAUCCUGAAUUCUUGCUGCCAAGAUGGGGAAACAGAACAGCAAGCUGCGCCCAGAGGUCAUGCAGGACUUGCUGGAAAGCACAGAUUUUACAGAGCACGAGAUCCAGGAAUGGUAUAAAGGCUUCUUGAGAGACUGCCCCAGUGGACAUUUGUCAAUGGAGGAGUUUAAGAAAAUUUACGGGAACUUUUUCCCUUAUGGGGAUGCUUCCAAAUUUGCAGAGCACGUCUUUCGCACCUUCGAUGCCAACGGAGAUGGGACAAUAGACUUUAGAGAAUUUAUCAUAGCCCUGAGCGUAACGUCAAGGGGGAAGCUGGAGCAGAAGCUGAAAUGGGCCUUCAGCAUGUAUGACCUGGAUGGAAAUGGCUACAUCAGCAAGGCAGAAAUGCUCGAGAUUGUGCAGGCAAUCUAUAAGAUGGUCUCCUCUGUAAUGAAAAUGCCUGAAGAUGAGUCGACCCCAGAGAAGAGGACAGAAAAGAUCUUCCGCCAGAUGGACACCAAUAGAGAUGGAAAACUCUCCCUGGAAGAGUUCAUCCGAGGGGCCAAGAGCGAUCCGUCCAUAGUGCGCCUCCUGCAGUGCGACCCCAGCAGCGCCGGCCACUUCUGAGCCGGAAGCCCCACCAACUGUAGAGCUGCUUGUGUUCCCUUUGGAGUUUCCUUUUUAACAAAAAAAAAAUUUUUUUUUUGCCAAACAAUAUUGACGGUGAUGCUGUUCCCCGUGUGGUCGGAUGCACCUCCCUCCGUGCCGCCUGCAGCUUCUUUUGUCGUGGACGCUUCGUGGGAAUGUCUAGAGCCCCCCGCGCUUGUGGAGAGCAUGAACAGUGCUGCCGUGCACAGACUUUGUGGUGUUCAUUGUUCUGACGAUUUUUCAUCGUUAUUAUUAUUACCUUUCCUUUGAUUCGAAAGUCUGUGUUCUAAAACUGAAGACUGGGGGAGGCAAGAGAAGAGAAGAGAAAACAAUCCAGUCCAGUGAUUGUAUUGCAAGCUUGAGGGCCCUGUUUGGAAAACAAAAUUCCCCACCUGGGUCUGGAGUAACACAUGCCCUAGGGGUGACGGCACCAGAUGCUCGAUUUCCCAGGGACCAGGAAUCCUCCGGGCCAGGCUAUUAAAGGGGCCUGGGGGAUUCCCGCCUGGAGGCCCACCCCAUCCUCUUCCCCAGCAGGCUUUAGUUUCUAAGCUGUGAACAUUUCAAGGUAAAUUCAUAGAGGAGAGGAAAAAGAUGGCUCAGCUAUUUCUUCCCAGGUUUACACUAGUUGAGCUAAGAUGAGUUUCUCUGGAAAUUAAACACAAAUGGUAAUUUAUAUUUCAAAACCAGACCCAUCUUGUUGCCUAUUGUAGUUUAAAAAAAAAAAAAAAGAUUGCUGUAUAUAAAAUACUGGGUAUUGCAGACGAACUUAAGUGUUUUGCCUUGUUUAAAUGAAAUGCAUGUUUAGUGAGCACUAAUACAAUCUUAUUACAGGAGACUGUUUUCAGUAGCUUGUUGUGAAGUAAGCCAGCUAUAAUGAAUGUCUAUGUCUUAUUUUAAAGUCAUAUCCGUCUUUGCACAAAUGCACCAAUCAACAGGUAUAUUUUAUAUAUUCCAGAAAAGUACAAAGUAACCAUGACCAGAGCCCAACCUUAAUUUUGAAUGCUUUUCCGGUGGUAGUGCCUCGGGAAUAGAAGUGGGGCAAGUUUGAGUGGGAUGUGUCAACUGGAGCACCAGAAGGUUCAUAUUUAUUAGAGAUGUGGGUUUGCCCACCCAGCCCAGCAGCCCGUUGACAGUCCUGGAUCAGAGGUGUGGUGCUUUUCUGAGCAGAUAAUAUUCUGUAGCUGUUCCCACCCCCACCCCAAAUAGCAUAAAUUCUCGGGACUGCCCAAUGCUUUAAUCCACAUGUAUGGUUAGGAAGCCAUGGCUGGAAUGUUGACUUUUCCAUGCCUCUAGCGGCCCUGAAAAGAGUCAGAGGUUGGGCAUCAUCUGGUUCAUCUUGAAGAAGGCAUAGGCAAGUGUGUCUGUGAUUUCCAAGGCCCACCCUGGGGAACCCAAAAGGAUCUUGCAUCAUCGUGUUCUCUGAAUGCAAAUUUCUAUUUACAGAAGUGACAAUACAAAUUUGAGUUGCUGUUUGGUCUGAUGACCUCAUACAUCCUAAUUUGAAUUGAAAGGUAAGAGUACAAGUUGCUGGUCACAGGUAAGUCAUAUUUUCACAAGCAGUAGGCAUGGGGAAGUCCAAACACUCAAGGAUGUAGACGGGGAGAUCCUGCCCCAAGAGAAGGCAGAGAGGUCUCCUUGGCUGCAGCCAAGCUACUUCCUGUAGACCAUGAACCACAGAAAGAUAAACUUAUAACCAUGAGGAAAAUGAUGCUGAACCCAUUCUAACCUCUAGAUUCCUGUGUAUUACUCGAUUCCAUUUAAACUGAUAGUAACAAUCUGAAUUUGUAUGGUUGACCAAAACGAACCAACUUGGCAGGGUGAAAUUUUGAGACCUGGACUCAGUAAAAUAAUCUCCAUCUUCCUCUGAGUGUCAGGUUUUUUAAUAGUGGUUCUAUACUGUGAGACUUGCUGAGUCCCUCCAUUGGCCAAGUGGUAAAAUCUGGUUUUGAAAACUAGGGAAUUAACCUAAGAUGCGGCGUGCACAGUGGCAAGGGGACCCGGCACCUCUAUAGGUGAUGUUCAGGAGCUGCCUCCCACUUUCUCCUGCUCUUGAUUGAAGAGCUAAUUCCUCCUUUAGUUCUCCUUAGAUGGCGGAGUCAGUUAAUGUUGGGGAAAGCCCGCCUGGGCUCUGUCCUCAGUCAUGACAUCUUACUGAGCCAGACUCACUCCGUUCCCUAGAACCUAGAGCUGGAGUGAGAAGCAGUGGAGAGCGUCUCCAGCUGUUAAGAAAACAAAGCAGUCGCACGGCUGAUGAAUGCUGGCACGCCCGGGAUGGACGGAAAAUAGUCCUUGUCCUUGCCUGCCAUUGACCCUGUCUGUAUUUUCUUGAGGGUUGUUUUCGCAUUCUCCUCCUUCCCAGGAUGGCCUUUGUAUGUCUGAUCCAAUGCACUCAAGUGUGGCCAAGGGACUCGGCAGCACCCAGAAGGCUGAAUGCCUAAAAGCUUAUGUCACUCCUGUGCUGGGCUGUUCAUUGCCAUUGCUGUGUUGAGGGGCCUCUGGAAACGGAGUCUGUUCUGUCUGAAAUCAGGCCAGCCUGUGAUGUUCAAGGGACUGGAAUAAAGUGGCUUACGACUUGAAGGAUGAUGCAGAGUGGGCCGACUGUUCGUAUCCUUGUUUAGGGUGGGGAAGGGGUGUUGAGGGCGCAGUCCCAUCCCAUUGAUAUGCCCUGGGGGCACUUUCCACAAGUGAAUUUAGUAAUUUAUGAAUCCCUCCCCGUGGCAUGGGUCCUAUAUCAGUUGACUUUUGUGUUACUCUAGCUUGGCAUUCGAGAAUGUUGCUGAUUUAAUAUGAUGGUCUGGGACAUGAGGUUUCCGUGCCUAAACUCCUGCUCCAGCUGAAUCUGUGCCCGACUGAGGGCCCAGAUGCUGUGCUGGCCACCUCCUGGGUGUGCUUUCUGCUCUACAGGCACAAGGAAGCAGGGUUUGUGAAAGCGGGGAUGAGAGGGUCUGCUGGACCCAAAGCCCUGUCCGAAAGCAUCCUUGGUCUACAUGUGGGCUAACUUACUUCCCUCUGCUCAUGGCCUUCACUUUCGUACCUCCUCUCCUUCCUCACAACUGGAGCUAUAAAUUCUAGUCUCAACAUUCGGUGCACCGGAAGGAGAAACUGAGGCAACUUCCUCUUCAGUGGGAAAUUAACAUCCCCCUCUCCCCUCUCGCGGCUUCUCAGGCUGGAGAAGAGUCUAUAGGAAAACUGACAUGAUACAGAGCCCAUGGCCUCAAAGCCAAUUCAGAUCAAGGUGCUUGCUGCUGCUUGUCCUUGGCCUUGCCUCCAGCACAGAGGCCGUGAAUGUAGGAAAAAGGGGCUGAAUGUCAGCUUUGGUAGGUGUCUCAUGGGCCAACCAGACCUCAUGUAGGAGCUGAGUUGGCCUGGAGGGGAGUCUUUUUGUACCUCACAGUUUCUCUCUGUAGACCAGCAAUGGCCCUGAUGCCCAUGAGAACUGAGCAUGAGUAAUGCCAUGUCACUCAUGGCAGUGAUGGUGAGGAGGUGGCUGGGACCCUCCAACCUGAUCAAGAGCCUUCACUCGCACACCUGUUGGAGGUGAACCUGUUAAUUUCCAGCACAUUUGCAAGCCUGAGGCUCCUAUUUUCAGGGUAGUGCCCCAACCCAGCUCUGGACCCCCUGACAGCCUAGUUCAGGCAUGGGGGGGGGGAGGGGACGUGGGCCUAGGCCAGGUGAGGAAGAAUCUGCCUGUUUUCUCAGUCAAGGCAGGGGGAGAUCACGCUAGCUCCCUUUGGAAGAAAUGGAGAUGCUUCAUGCAGGCCUCUCUUUAUCUUUGUCAGGAGUAUGCUUUCACUUUCCUGCAAUUUUCUGUUUUUUUUUUAAAGUGGCUGAAGAAACAAAAGAAAGAAAAUUGAGCCCUGUAUUUUCCAAGGCAGUAGAGUAUCAGUCAAAUCCACCUAAAAUAGAAAGAUUGUUGCAGAGUGCAAAGAUGUCCACACCAAGGGUCUAACCAAUGGGCUAUUCAUUUCAAAUAGAUUUCUCUACACUUAAAUGAUGACCACAUGUCCAGGACUUAGAUAGGUCCUGGGCAUUUGCUGCCCUGGGUGUUGUUAAUGUGCCAUUGACCCUCAGAGAUACAGGGGCUCAGACACUUGAGUUGGCAGCCUUCCUAAAGUGAGAUUAGCGUUUGGUGACCUCUUAUCACAUUGUGAAAGUCUAAGGGUAAGAGGGGAUUGUAUGCCUUAGGACUGGGGUGACUGCUGAGCCCUGACUCUCCCAGAGUGAACCCCUGUCCCGGUGCUGACGAUGCCAGGCUGUUAUCACUGGGCACAUCACAGCCUCUGAGGAUGGACUGCAUCUAAUGUGCCUCUUACUCCCCAGCACCGGACACAAUGCCUGGUCCAUAGUAACUGAGCUGAGCUGGCAUAGCGAUGAAGGCAAGAGCUGGUACUGGACCCUGUGGCCCUGACAGCUUUACCUACCCAGAGUCCCAGUACAGGGAGGUGUGGGGGGCGGGGUUGGCACACAUGGGGAGCAGAGUUCACAGCAGGACUAUGGCUGCCACGGGUCAAGGGAGGACUGCCUCAGGGGAGAUGUGGAGACCAGUGCAUGCCCGGCAGGACCUCCUCGGGCCUGUGGGGAAUACAUUCAGACCUCCUACUGAGACUGCGGAACAUGGAUCGUGGCAAUGGGCCUUUGGCCCAUUUCUAAUCCCAGGAUCUCUCUAGAAGCCUCCUCAACAAGCACUUCUCCUGACCUCCUCUUUGCUGCCCACUGGUCCAGGCACGGAGGCUGCUGAGGAUGCCAAGGGGGUCAAAGUUGGUCAGAGAAAGCUUUCCCUAGGCGAAUUUUUAGCCAAGAUUUGAAAGCUGUGGACGUGGACAGACAGAGAGGUGGAAGAACAUAGAAGCGCUACUUGUUUGGAACAGAGAGGCUCUCGGGAGCUAAUCAUGGAGGAUGGCUGAAGGAGUGUGCGUGGCCACUGAGGAAAUGCCGAGAAAUACUGGGAUUUGAGCUGACAGAUACUAGCGAGGCUGUGGGUUCCAGGGCAAGAGACUGUCAUGAUGAGGUUGGCGUUUCAGCCACGUGGUUUUAGUCUCUGUGGAGCGGUGGGUGAGGAGGAACUAAGGGACAGGAAAGCUCUCGUGGCACAUUGAAGUGGUGGUGAGGGAGCUGGGGCUGAGGCAGGCAAAUGCAGAUGGACAGAGCCUACUUCCUGCCCUGGGAACUGGAAGAAUAGCCACGCUGGUGGCCUGUCGUGGUCACACCAAAGGCCUCGUGAUGUCUUCAGCCCUCUUCUCAUUUAACCUUGGGGUUGGGCACAACAAAGCAGCCAGAAGAGGAAAUGUCUGCUGUGUUGGAGCCCAGGACCUGAGGUGCCCAAGGGGAGCCUAGAACCUUCCCCGCUCACACAGAGGCUUCUUUCCAGUCAGGCAAAGAGCCCCAAUACCAACCUCGUGGAAAACACCGGACAUUCGAGUGUUAGGAAUAUUUAUUUUUUUCUUCUUAAAAAUGUACAAAAAAUAAAAUAACUGUAUUUAUAGUUUAUAGAUUCCCCCUCUCCCAUUUACAAAACUAUUAAGUUACAUUUGCCUUUGUUUUUUUUUUUUUUUUUUAACACGAGAGCAAAUUGUCCAUCUAGCAGUCUUCCUUGCUUGUCUUUAAGAAAGGGCUGUUCAUAGAAUUUGGCACAAGCCCUCUGCUUCUGUUGCAUUUGCAUAAUUUUAAAUAAGGAAAAUAAAUGUUUGAUUCAGUU